AUGUUCACCUACGCCAACAAUGGAGUUAUUGAUCCCUAUAAAGAUAUUAAGGUCGAUAACUUCUACGCUAAUAGGAAAGAUUAAUUCACUUUCUUCCUCUCUCAUAUGCAUGAAGAUCAUUUGAGAGGGCUUUCAAGAAGAAGUGACUAUGGAGGAUAUGCCGGUCCAGAUGAAGAUUGGCAUUGGGGGUAAAUAUAUACUUCUGCAAAAUCUAAAGCUUUACUACUGCUUCGAUUCCCUCAUCUCGCCUAAUAUACCAAAGCCUUAGAACUUUACAAGCCAUAUACAAUUAAAGGAAUGGUAGUCACUUUGUACGAAGCAAACCACUGUCCAGGGGCUGUCAUGUUUUUAUUUAAGGGAGUGAAAGGAAGCAUUUUGCAUACAGGAGAUUUUAGAUUCAGACCUUAGAUGCUAGAUCAAUUAAAGGGUGAGUAGGUAGAUUAUAUGUAUCUUGAUAAUACAUUCGCUACAACAGAUGAAGACUUCCCUAAUUAAGAGGAAGCUUUUGACAUGCUUAAUCAAGUGAUUGAAGUCUAAAGAAAAAAGGAUCAAAAUUUGAAGUUCCAUUUAUUCUGCUACACUCUCGGGAAAGAGGAGGUAUUUCAUAACCUUGCUUCUACUUUUGAUACAAAAAUCAUGAUGCUGAAAGAUAGAGUUACAAAGCUUAAUGCUAUAGGGAUGGGGUCACAAAAAUUUGUGACCAGAGAGGAUUUUGCAAAAGACAAAACAGGAAACUGUUUUAUAUCAGUAAAGACCAUGAAGGAUCUCCCUAAGAAGGAGGAGUGUGAAAAGAAGAAAAACGUGAUGUUUAUUUGCUUGACUGGCUGGAGAGACUAGUAUAAUGUCAAUCACCCCAGAUUUUUCAAAAUACCUUACUCUUCUCACUCUAGUUACAAGGAGCUGGACCAAUUCGUAAAAUUUAUAAAACCAGGCAAGUUAGUAUUCACAGUUCAUGAGCAUGGCCCUAGAAUGGCUUAGGCCAGAAAGAAUUUUCAAAAAAAGCUGCUAUCAUAUACUAAUGAGGGAAAAGAUGUUGAUUAUCAACCCAUUGUAGAGAAUGAAACAAGGAUUAAGUCCAAUUAGGAAUCUCCUCAAUCGAUCUCAAUAAUUGAAACGACAACUAAAAAGAGAAAAUUUAAGGAAAUUGAUGAUACAAGUUUAGUUUCAGAAAUCGAAGUCAAAAGUAUUGAGUCAAAGCAAAGCCUCAAAGACUUAGAACUUGGAUAUACUUUAAAAAAACGUAAAAUUAAUACUGAAACAAUAGCCGAAGUCAAUGGGGGUAUUAAGGGAUUUUUCAAGGUUAAUAAGGUUCUUACUUCUGGGUGGAUUGAAGUUAAAAACACCUCAGUAGAUGAUAUUUCAGCUGCUGAUGAGAGCAAAGAUUUAAUAAAUAACCAUUAAAAUACUCCAGACUAUGUAUUAAAAGACUAAUUCAAGAGCAAGUAAGAUAUAACCCAGUGGAAUGAUAAUUAACUAAGGCUUGGUGAUUGA